UAAAUGUACAGGUCGAUCUCUUAACAUCCAGAGGGACAAGUAGAAUCGACAGGAAUGGACGUCGGCAAAUUUACACACAUACCGAAACGUCUUGUAUUAAUAAACAGAGUUGCGGGACAGAAGAUCGCACGUUACUGGAUUUUAAUAUUUGUUUUUGCUGCGGGCUUCUGCCUGUUACUAUCACAUGUGUCCAACGUUGUAUCUACUCCGCCUCCAUUUGCCAUUGUAAGGACAUCAAAUAUAUUUCUUCAUCGCAAUACACAAAGUGAUGAAGGUCGCAGACUUAAAUCUAUCAUUAGCGAAGAUGAUAUAUGCAACAAAGGAACAUUUUUACUAAUCGCAGUGUGUGUUUCCUCGUCAAAUUUUAAACAGCGGUCUGUUAUUCGGAACACAUGGGGAUCUAUCGUAAGUAAUAAUAACAGAGUUAAACUCGCCUUUUUCUUGGGGAAUCCGAACGACACGAAGAUUCAACAAGCUAUUUGGGUGGAGAGCGAGCGUUACCACGACAUAGUUCAAGACAACUUUGUGGAUUCAUAUAGAAACCUAACUUUAAAAUCAAUCUUUAUUUUGAAAUGGUCAAGUACAUUUUGUGUAGACGCAAGUUAUGUUUUGAAGGCAGACGAUGAUAUGUUUAUAAAUGUACCGUAUUUGAUUAAUUAUUUAAACACGACCAAUAUACAUAACGCUGUGAUUGGACAGAGGAUCGCUGCAUCAAAACCAAUUCGUAACAAAAAAUCAAAAUGGUUCACCUCGGAAAGUAUGUAUCGAGACAAGUAUUACCCAUAUUACACCAGUGGGACUAGUUACGUCAUUUCCGGUGAUGUUGUGACGAAAUUGUACCAAUCGACAUUCAUAGAACCGUUCUUUUGGCUCGAAGACGUUUACAUAACUGGUUUAUGCAGAAAAAGGAUCAAUGCAAGUAUCAUUGACAACUGGGACUUCUCCUGUCUGUAUCGUCCCCCUAGGGGUUGUUCGUACAAACAGGCAAUAUCUGGCCACAGGAACUCUCCAGAGGAGAUCACUCAGAUUUGGCUAGAGAUGAAUGAUCCACGUUUAAACUGUAGUGUGUAAAGAAAGCGUAUGCUUGUAUAUUUGUGUAAAAAUCAAUGCAAAAGUGGCGAACGAAAAUAGAAAUAUAUCAGAUGCAAGUUUAGUGUAAAUACCAGUAAAAUCAUGAAUAUUUAUAAUAGAUUAUUGAUAAUACAUAUACAUGAUUUGAGCAAAUGUGUCCAAUAAAGCAUUUUUAGUGGAUAGAAAUCAAGGGGGCUUAUCGCUUACAGUUUAAGUAUAUGUAUGGAUCUUGUAUAAGAACUCAAUAUGUCAAUUUAUAGAAAAAUGUUAGUUCAUUUAUUAAGUUAUGUUUACAUUUGUUGUGGCAAAGCCCUUCUUUAUUACUACUAAAGUACUUUCAAUAGCAGAUUCAUGGUAUGAGACUAUAACUGAAGUUGGUCUUUGCACC